UCAAGUUUCAGUGACGUGUUUUAGUUUAUUUUUAAACGCAAGCCACGCAACAAAUAUUUUAAAAGUUGCUUGAAAUGAAAGUUUUAGGUUAACGGCAUACAAUUUUACUUUAGUUUUGCGCAAAAGUCAUACGACUGCAAUCAAAGAAAGUAGGUCCAAGACUCAAUUUAAACAUUUAACAUUUUAGGACAAUCUAGCAAUCAAAAAUCCAAGUCAUACUAAAAAUAUUGUCAAAAAUCCCAGUCAUAUUAAAAUUGAAAACACAUCAAAACGCACAAUAUUAUGUAAUCAAUAAAAAAAAUGUGUCUGAAGUCAAUCACACAAGAAUAAAUAAGUGACGCUUUUCAAAACGACUUUUUCAUAUAUAUUUGCUUGCUAUUUACAAUCAAGGCUACAAAAAAUGGUCCCCUAGCCACCAAAUAUGUUUCAAUUAGCCUAAUUUUUAUGAAUGGGCAAUGUUACGUUACGAUACAGUAAUAGUGACGCCAUACGAACCUUUGUGUCAUAACAAUGUGGGUGUAACGUGAGAAAUAUAAAUGUCCUGCUAUCCUAUUUCAAGACAAGGCACCCAUUUUUGGUUUUAAACCAAAAGUUAUAAAAUGUUUAAUCAGGAUGUCAACCCACAGACUGGAAGUCAAGCCUGCAGACCGGUCAGUAACACUUACAAGUCAAGCAUUUUCAACAUGGGCGAAACGGAACGCCCUACACCUCAACCGAAGCGUAUUAAUCAACAACCAAGAAACACAAACAAUAUUUUCCAAACUAAUGGCAACGCGAAUGUAAAACAAAAGUUUCCAAAAGCAAAUAUAAGUAAGAUACCAAUGUUCAAUGAAAGCAACCAGCAGAGGCCUUCCACUGCUCCAUGUAGAUCAAAACGAGCAGUUGGCAACAACUUGUCUUCAACUGUGUUUAACGACCCGCAUUACCCCGAUUCUCAACAAUCGGUGGGAAUUUCAAGACCAAAAACAGCUUGGAAGUACACGAGUCGAAAUACAACAUCGACUGUGUUUUCAUCAGACAGCGGGCAAACUAAACCGAGAGUUCGAAAAUCACUUCAAAAGAAAUCGACAGUUUUCGAUACACAAGGCGACGGUGCUGUAUCGCCUGAAACGAACAAAACUCACAAAAUCAAACUCUCAAACACGUUUCGAUCAAGCGUUAUGUCUCAAAAACAAGAACCGUUGAGUCCAAGGUCGUUCGUUAAGUCAUUUGAGAUGAAAUGUAGCUUGUCCAAUGGUUGCAACGUAGUUGAAGAAAGCCGACCGCAUGUUGGAAUACGCAGUAACAACGGCUAUGUUUCGAAGAACCGAUCUUCGCAAAGCAGAGUUAUGGGUGGACAGGAGAAUAGAGUUACGGACGUUAUAACUAGCGCUAAUUCAAACGGGUUGAUCAAUUAUAUAAGAGGGAAGAAACCAACGACAGAGAUCGAAGAAUCGACUCCUUGCUGGAGCAAUGAAGCAAAACAGAAGAGCAGUUUAUGGUCAAGCGGUUUUAAUCCAAGCAAAAUUGCCGAUAGAAGCACGGCCGCUAAAAUAACAGAAUCGACUAUUUUUUCAAGCGAUAAUGCAAAGCCAGGGCUAUUUUCAGCUGAUGGUAAAUGUUCUCCGAUGAAAUCAAUUAAAAUAAACAAACAAGUUUUGCCCUAAUGGCUUGUUCUUUAAGCAGUUGUUUAGCAAUGGUGCCCAGAAUUUUAAAAGACGUUAACAUAUAUAGUAGGUUGGGG